AUGACUCGCCUGAGCACCGAACAGGUGCGGCGGGAGAACGACGGCGAACCCUCCUCCAUCACUGCGCUCAGCCUGUCCUUCCGUGCUUUAUCAGACGUAAGACCUCGGGUGCCAUUGUAAUUCGCUUCCGUUUCUGUCCGCCAAGGUGUUUCAGAGCUGCGAUUACAAGUUUAUGUUGAUUGCUGUGUGGUUCAGGUUUCGUGCUUGGGCGAUUUCCGAAACUUGGCGAGGCUCGACGUCAGUUGCAACAGUCUCACCAGUCUGCAGGUCAGUUGAAAAAACUCGAUCUCCCUCGUGUCCUCCUCCGACCUUUUCAGUGUGUUAAAUGUUGAUUCCGAACGUCUCGACUGCCUGGCUAUCAGGCGUACACGGUGUGGCUAUUUACGUGCUUUCCAUUUUUUGAACUAUCCGAGCGAUAUCCUCAACGUGACCGUAUCGUGCUUCAUUAAUAUGGCCACGCAUGUUAGAUUGAUCCAACUCUUAUUCUUCGAACUCGAAUCACAGGGACUGAGCUCAUGUGUCAAUUUGAAGUGGUUAUCCGUUGCACAAAACAAACUCAAAAGCCUGAAAGGACUUGAAAGUCUCUCCAAACUUACGGUAAGCUACAGCGAUGACUCAUUUUGCAAUUUUCUAGCUUUCUAUCUAUAUUGUGAAUUGCGUAUCGAGGUCCAGUCCACAAUGAGACUUGUAAUCGACGUUGUCAAGUGUUGUUUUCCGGUUUGAACAUCGGAUUGAUAAUCAUGCCCUUCAAAAGUAUCCAUUUGUAACCAAGUUCUUUCUUUGUUAAAUGAAUUGUGCUGAAUAAGAUGCCCCCUCUGACAUUACCCUCGGGCAAUUUUUAAUUUUUAAUUAAUCAUUGCUAUUUCUGUCCGUUAAUUAUCGAUACAUUGCAAUCGUACCUACUUAUCUUCUCCUCCUAUGGAUCAAUAGGAGGAGAAUCACUUAUGCCAAUUCAGUUGGAUUUGUUGAAUUGGUGCGACGGUGCUUUAUGAAUGAAUGCUAAAUAAUUUUUGGAGAAUGAUCAACCUGAGUCAUUUUCCUUGUCUAUUGAGUAAUCAUAUGGCUAUAUGGGUCAGCCAAUAUUUAUUUAAAACUUGAGCAAUGAUUUGUUGCUGACGUAUGUUGCCUGCAUGCUUUUAUCUGUUUGUCGGCGUUUCCUAACUUUCGAUGUAGGUUCUCAAUGGCAGCAAGAAUAUGCUUCAAUCAAUUGAUGAGGUCAAGUCUCUCACUGAUAUACGGGCAUUGAUUUUGAAUGGUAAGUUUGUGCAAGUAGCCCUUUCUUCAGACCGUUGAUUCUUUGAGAUUCUUAUCAGAAUAAUAUGCAAAUGAACUUAACCAACUGAAUGUUUGUCGAUUUGUUUCUGUCAUUUUUUCAGACAAUGAAAUAUUUUCUAUUGGUAACCUCGAUCAGCUGAAGUUCUUGAAUACACUUGGUAUGUUUGACAUGUAAUUUAUAAUUCCUUUUUUUUAGAAUUUAUUUUUUUGGUGAAAUUACUGUAUUUUCCGGUAAUUACAACGUACAGCUAUCAGGAUAUUAAUGGGCUAUUGAUCUUUCCUCGUAUUUUUUUGGUUUCAAGUGAAGUGGGUUAUGCUGUGUAGUUUAAAUAGUUGACUUCGUAGAUGUUGGAUAGUCUAUUAUGCCUUGUUUCUACUCCUUUAAAUACAGGAAGUUUCUUAACUUAUUUCAUAAUCCUUGCAUCAGAUCUGUUAAUAGGGAAGUUGGGUUAUAUCUGACUGGGAAAUGCUAGGUCAUAUGGUUACUCUUGUUUUCUUUUUCAUACCUUGGCCUUUUUGUUGCCCACAGUGCUUUCUCGAAACCCAAUUCACGACAUCGGUUCGUCCUUGAAGAGCUCAAAGUCUAUUACCAAGGUAAAAAUCUGUCAGUUCAGUUUUCUCAUUGUAUUGCAUUUUUGUAUCUAUUUUAAUGCUGAUCAUUUUGUCCUGUGAAAAGAAAAUCCAUGGUAAUUUUAUUUUUCAUGGCUCAGUUGUCACUCUCCAGUUGUAAGAUCCAAACGCUUGGAUCGUCCCUCAUUUUUGUAACAAAUUUGAAGGAGCUCAGACUUGCUGACAAUGAGAUUACAGUAUGUAUGCUCUUGCUUUAGAGAUCAGUUACGAAAGAUAAAUGUGGCAUCUUGAUACAUACUUUCUCGUGCUGUGUUGGCUUCAUUCCUACUUAGCGUGGGUGGUCCCAACUUAUCCUAUUUAAAUAUCUUAAUUUAGUUGUACUUGCAAAAUAGAGAAAUAUUUUUUCUUUCUCUGAUAUGCCUCUUUCAUCACCAUUUCUCUUUCAGAUUGAUGUUACCCCUAAUUGAGAUGUUUUUUGGCCCCAGAGUUUGCCUUCUGUGUUAGCAAAAAAUAUCAAGCUCCAGAAUCUCGAUCUGGGGAAAAACUUAAUCACAAGAUUGUCGGAUUUAAAGGUCAAUCAUUAUGCACAUUUAUUUUUGGUUUGAUUUUAUUGUUAUUUUAAUUGUAUCCAUAUUAUAAUCUACGGUAUUAACUUCCUCAGGUCAUUUCUGAACUGAAUAACAUGAAAAAUCUCAACUUACAAGGAAAUCCUGUCGCAGAGAAUCCCAAGUUAAUUAAAAAGGUAACAUCUCUCUCUCUCUCUUUCUCUCUCUCUCUCUCUCGCUUUAUAUAUAUAAUAUAUCUACCGUUCAAUCUAAACAAGGCUUCAAGUAUGGUCAAUCUGUCUAUUCAUACAAGUACAUAUGUGGAUGGAUCCAUAUAAAAUGAUGUGGCCCGACUUGUGGGUAUCUAUAUAAAAACGGUCUGUUCUCAUUACUUCUUGUCACAGAUCAGGAAACUGGUUCCAAAGUUGCAUAUUUUCAAUGCCAAGCCGAUAGAUAGAUGGAAUCAGAGGAAAGGAAUCCCGGAGGCCGGCCCAGAAGAUACCCCCCCUGUUGAGAUCAAGGAGCGGGAGAAAAGGAAGAACCCCGGCGGAGGUGCAGGCGGCGGCAGCCAUGAAACCCAUCACAGGGCGGCAGAGGCGAAGAAAUCCAGAGCCACCAUGAAUCCUCCUGACGAGGUGAUCACCUCUGGAGUCAACGAGGAGCUCGUGGGCAAACAGGAGAAGAAAGCUGGGAGCAAAUCUCAGGCCUUCGACGAUGGAGAAUCCCCUUUCAUGGACCUUGUUCUUGCCGAGAGCUCCUCUCAUGAAGCUGCACCAGGAGGCCGCCCCGCCACUCGAGCUCCGUGGGAUGAGAAGCUGCUUGGGGGCCUGGUCGUGGACCACACGAAGAAGAAGGGCAAGGGGAAGAAGAAGAAGUCGGCGGGAGCUCAGCCGGCGGCGCCGCCCGGCUUCCCCCACCCGCCGGAGGUCGGAGUGGGCGGCCCGUCGACCUGGGAUUGA